GACGCGUCGCGGUGAUUGCAGCGCUCUGCGUUUCCGCGUUAGCAGCGGGGGGGAACCAGCCGAGGGGAGGGAACGGAACACAGCGAGAUUGGCCGAAUCUAACUGGAUUACGCUGCCCGUGUCGCGAUUAAAAUGAAAAAGAAGUGACAUUCGAGAUUCGACCCUGCGGCCGUGUUUAGGAAGUGAGCGUGGGAUCAUGACAUUCGCUCGCGCACGAGACGGGCUGACAGCACUGCCUGACAUGUGAGACAUCAGGGCGAAUACAACAACAGUGCGCUUGUGUGGCUGUCUCCGCCACCUUCUGUUUAUGCUCGCUCUGCUGAUGCACAUUUUGCAUUCGUUUCGCAUUUGCUGGAGGCAAUAUGAAGAAGUUCAAUAUCAGGAAGGUGUUGGACGGCUUGACUGCGGCGUCCUCUUCCUCCUCCUCGGCCGCCGCGUCCCCUCAGUCGGGAAACAGGGAGAAUGACAUGAUUCAGGAGACCCUGCAGUCAGAGCAUUUCCAGCUCUGCAAGACAGUGCGACAUGGCUUUCCAAAUCAACCCUCUUCCAUGGCUUUUGACCCUGUGCAGAAAAUUCUGGCUAUUGGCACACAGAGUGGAGCCCUGAGACUAUUCGGUCGAGCAGGAGUGGAGUGUUACUGCCGGCAUGAAAGUGGAUCGGCUGUCAUCCAGCUGGAGUUUCUUGUCAAUGAAGGGGCGCUGGUCAGUGCUUUGGCAGAUGACAGUAUUCAUUUGUGGAAUCUGAGGCAAAAACUUCCAGCCAUCCUUCAUUCUCUUAAAUUUAAUCGGGAGAGGAUCACGUUUUGCCAUUUGCCAUUUCAGAGUAAAUGGCUGUACGUGGGCACGGAAAGAGGGAACAUUCACAUUGUCAAUGUGGAGUCCUUCACCCUCUCAGGCUAUGUGAUCAUGUGGAACAAAGCCAUUGAACUUUCCUCAAAGACUCACCCUGGACCUGUAGUUCAUAUCAGCGAUAACCCUAUGGACGAAGGGAAACUUUUAAUUGGUUUUGAGUGUGGCAUAGUUGUGCUUUGGGACUUGAAAUCGAAGAAGGCUGACUACCGAUACAACUAUGAUGAGGCGAUCCACUCUGUGGCUUGGCAUCACGAGGGGAAACAGUUUGUGUGCAGUCACUCUGAUGGCACGCUUACCACAUGGAAUAUACGCGCUCCUGCCAAGCCUGCUCAGAUCAUUACACCGCAUGGUAAACAGCCUAAGGAUGGAAAGAAGCCGGAGCCAUGCAAACCCAUCUUGAAAGUGGAGUACAAAACUACCAGGGCAGGGGACCCAUUCAUGGUACUGUGUGGAGGUUUGUCAUAUGAUACAGUGGGUAGGCGAGCCUGUCUGACUGUGAUGCAUGGGAAAAGCACUGCAGUGCUGGAGAUGGACUACCCCAUAGUGGAUUUCCUUACGCUGUGUGAAACCCCAUAUCCAAACGAUUUCCAGGAGCCUUAUGCGGUUGUUGUCCUGCUGGAGAAGGAUUUGGUUGUCAUUGACCUUGCACAAAUUGGGUAUCCUAUCUUCGAGAAUCCUUAUCCUCUGUCCAUCCACGAGUCUCCGGUGACCUGCUGCGAAUAUUUUGCGGACUGUCCAGCUGAAGUCAUUCCUGCACUUUACUCAGUGGGGUCCCGACAGAACAGACAAGGGUUCAGUAAGAAGGAAUGGCCCAUAAGUGGAGGUAACUGGGGCCAGGGAACACUAAGUUUCUCAGAGAUGAUCAUCACUGGGCAUGCUGAUGGAUCGAUCAAGUUUUGGGAUGCCUCAGCAUUAAUGCUGCAGGUUUUGUAUAAGCUGAAAACAGCAAAGGUGUUUGAGAAGCCCCGCGGUAAAGAGGAGAAAUCCAGCACUGAAAUUGUGGAUGAAGAUCCGUUCGCCAUUCAGAUCCUGUCCUGGUGUCCAGAGAGCCGUGUGCUCUGUGUGGCUGGAGUAUCGGCUCAUGUCAUAGUGUACAGGUUCAGCAAACAGGAAGUCACCACUGAAGUGGUUCAGCUCCUGGAGGUGCGUAUGCAGUGUGAGCUGACUGAAGUGGAGUCUCCCGAGUGCGGAGGUGAGCCGGCGUCGACUGUGUCCACCCCAGGAACCUCAUCCAGCCCUCAGACCAGCCUGCCUCAGUCCCACCCCUCCACCAGCAGCAACAACUCGUCUGACGGCCUGCGAGAUAACGUGCCCUGUCUCAAGGUCAGGAGUUCUCCUCUCAAACAGUCUGCGGGUUACCAGGUGGAGCUGCUCAUUCAGCUGGUGUGGGUCAGUGGGGAGCCGCCACAACCGAUCACGAGCCUGGCCGUCAACUCUGCAUAUGGCCUAGUUGCUUUUGGCAAUGGUAACGGACUUGCAGUGGUUGAUUACCUUCAGAAAACUCUGCUUCUGAACGUGAGCACCGCUGAGCUGUAUGGCUCAACAGAUCCUCACCACAGACAACCACACUCGCCCCGCAAAACCAGACAGCCCUCGGCAGACACUCUGCAUAAGAAGUCUUGCAUGUCCGGCCUCUCUAACUUUUAUUCUGAAUCUGUGAAAAAGCUUCGUUCUUCUUUCCUCAACGCCAGGGACAACUCGUUCAGCCGCUCACGCAGCUCCAGUGUGACCAGCAUUGACAGAGAGUCACGUGAGGUCAUUUCCUCCUUCUAUUUUUGUGACUGGCUGUCCAAGAAGAGUGAGACUGUGGCAGUGCCCAGCCUGUGGGUGGGCACCUCAUUGGGUAGCAUGCUGGCCAUCGCCCUAACUGUGCCCUCCACACCAGAGCAGAGGAUGCAACAGCCUGUGGGCGUCUCUUUCUGUGACGCCAGGGACAACUCGUUCAGCCGCUCACGCAGCUCCAGUGUGACCAGCAUUGACAGAGAGUCACGUGAGGUCAUUUCCUCCUUCUAUUUUUGUGACUGGCUGUCCAAGAAGAGUGAGACUGUGGCAGUGCCCAGCCUGUGGGUGGGCACCUCAUUGGGUAGCAUGCUGGCCAUCGCCCUAACUGUGCCCUCCACACCAGAGCAGAGGAUGCAACAGCCUGUGGGCGUCUCUUUCUGUGGUCCAGUAGUGCGCUUGAAGGGAGGCAUUUUGCGUAUGGCCCAGUUGGAUGCCAGCGGGACCCUUCUGCCCCACGUUUACGAGUCCUGGUAUGAGCCCAACGCCCCUGAGGAGGAGAAAGAACGGCCACGGAGACGCCGGCCCACCUCGCCUCCUUCUCAGGAGAACCCGGACUGUCAGUACGCCGUGGUCUGCUCAGAGAAACAGGCUAAGGUGGUGGCGCUGCCCUCCCAAAACUGUGUCUAUGAACACAACAUCACAGAGACCUCCUUCGUACUUAGAGCCGACAUGGUGACACUGACCGCAGGGGUCGGCAUCGCCUGUUUCUGUGCCAAUGGCCACAUUAUGACUCUCAGUUUGCCCAGCCUGCGGCCACUACUGGAUGUAAACUACCUUCCCCUGACGGACAUGAGGAUAGCCAGAACCUUCUGUUUCUCAAACCAAGGCCAAGCCCUGUACCUCACAUCGCCCACUGAGAUCCAAAGAAUCACCUAUAGCCAGGAAACCUGUGAUAACCUGCAGGAGAUGCUUGGAGAGCUGUUUACUCCAGUGGAGACACCAGAGGCUCCAAACCGAGGCUUCUUCAAGGGCUUAUUUGGAGGCGGGGCUCAGUCCUUAGACAGAGAAGACCUGUUCGGAGAGGUGACUGCUGGUAAGGCGUCACGCAGCCUGGCGCAGCACAUCCCGGGUCCAGGUGGUAUGGAGGGCAUGAAGGGGGCUGCGUCCGGUGUGGUGGGAGAAUUGGCACGGGCGAGGAUAGCUCUGGAUGAGAGAGGACAGAAACUAGGCGAGCUGGAGGAGAGGACUGCAGGCAUGAUGGCCAGCGCAGACUCCUUCUCUAAACAUGCGCAUGAUAUAAUGCUGAAAUACAAGGACAAGAAGUGGUACCAGCUCUGAGGUCAGCACACCCUCCUAUGAAGACAGCAGAUCCAUCAUCUCUCCUCCGUCUCUUCCUUCUCUUCCUGUAUCUUUCUCUCUCUGUGAUGUCAAGAGACUGCCACUCUCGCUCAGCACACCGUCACGUGGCAUUACCUCGAGCUGAGGAGCUGCGGAGAGACAGAGGAGACAGGAGGGGAAGGAACAGGACAGGUGAAAGGCAUCAGGAUGGGAUUUCCUUCCCUUCUCGGUGGCAGUUGAGUUUCCUCUCCUGAAAACAAAGCCGUGGAUCUUGUCUUGGGAGAGGAGGCCCUUCGCCGGUGCUGCCCCGUCUUAUACCUUCAUCCGCCACGCUGUCAUUUUCACUGCCAUUCUAUCUGCAAAGAAACUACAAAAAGGACAUUUUGGGAAAUGAAAGAUUUAAGAUGAAUGAAAUGGGUCAGAAGGACAUAGAGCUGACUAAAGAAGGUCUAACAUCUGCAGCAUUGCCAAGCUUAAUGCUUCUGAUAAUCUGUCACUAGCGCAAGAAUAAGCUGCAUGUCUAGUGAUAUAAUUUAGGAAAUUAGUGCUUUUUCUUGUUUUUGGAAUUGGGAUGAAUCUAGUCUAAGUAAUAUUUCACCCCAAAAUCAAUAUUUUGCAUAAAGAAAACCUAUUUUUAGGAGGCAGGUGUGUUCUUUAAGCAAAAUAUUACAUACAUUUUGAUUUUAGGUUGAAGCAUAACUAGAUUUCAUGAGAUUCACCUAGUAAUCAUGUUAGCUAUGGAAAAGGCCAGAUUGUCUUACAUAAGGUAUAAUGAAGUAUCAUUUAAUUUAACCUCUAAAGGGCUGGAAGUUGCUGUAUUUAUCACAUAUCAUGUGAUUAUUUUGCCAUAUGAAAUUGGAGACAGGCCUAGGCAGCGAAGCUGAUCUGAUCAUGCAUCAUUUUAUUGUUUCGUCAUAUUGGUUUACACUGAUCAGGUCUCAAAAGAGCUUUUAGGGAAGAGCUCUGACUUUGAUGUA